AUGAAAAAUGAGGAAGGAUCUUGUCAGGUGGCAGAGCUCUGGUUAAAGCACACAUACCAACCAGCGUCAUGCUAUACGUGGAUUUUGACAAAUAUCAUUUCUGGGUACUUUGCUGGAGCAUUGGAUUUGCUGAAAGAGCUUAAGAAUAUUCCCAUGACUCUGGAAUUAUUACAGUCCACAAGAAUUGGAAUGUCCGUUAAUGCUAUUCGCAAGCAGAGUACAGAUGAAGAAGUUACAUCUUUAGCAAAGUCUCUCAUCAAAUCCUGGAAGAAGUUAUUAGAUGGGCCAUCAACUGACAAAGACUCUGAAGAGAAGAAAAAAGAACCUGCGAUUACAUCACAGAAUAGCCCUGAAGCAAGAGAAGAAAGUAGUUCCAGUGGCAAUGCAAGCAGCAGGAAGGAUGAUACAAAUGCUCGAGAUACCUACGUUUCAUCUUUUCCUCGAGCACCAAGCACUUCAGAUUCUGUGCGGUUAAAGUGUAGGGAGAUGCUUGCUGCAGCUCUAAGAACAGGAGAUGACUACAUUGCAAUUGGAGCUGAUGAGGAAGAACUAGGAUCUCAGAUUGAGGAAGCUAUAUAUCAAGAAAUAAGGAAUACAGACAUGAAAUAUAAAAAUAGAGUCCGAAGUAGAAUAUCAAAUCUUAAAGAUGCAAAGAAUCCAAAUUUAAGGAAAAAUGUAUUGUGUGGGAAUAUUCCUCCUGACUUAUUUGCUAGAAUGACGGCAGAGGAAAUGGCUAGUGAUGAGCUCAAAGAGAUGCGGAAAAACUUGACCAAAGAAGCCAUCAGAGAACAUCAGAUGGCUAAGACAGGAGGUACUCAGACUGACUUAUUCACAUGUGGCAAAUGUAAAAAGAAGAAUUGCACUUACACACAGGUACAAACCCGUAGUGCUGAUGAACCAAUGACAACAUUUGUUGUCUGUAAUGAAUGUGGAAAUCGAUGGAAGUUCUGUUGAGUUGGAAGAAUUGGAUCUGGACCAUUAAGAAAAUGGAUUUUGUAACUAGCUUUAAAACUAGGCCAAGCAACUAGUUUUCCUGAAAAUCAGAUUUUUUUAAAUGACACACAUCCAUCCCACAAAUUAGUUUUUGUUUUUUGAUCUAACAUCCCUUCCUCAAAUGCCUUCUGUAGUUUCAGAUUAGUAGGGAAACCAUACAAUAAUUGUAUGAUAGCUAUUUCAAUACUUUUUUUUCAUUUUUAUAAGUAAGUCAAUACUAAUCUUAUCAAUUAAACUUUUGGCAAUUUAUUUUUAUGUUUUUCUUCUUGAAGUGUUCUUAACUUUUUACAGUCUGAAACAUACAUAGUAGAAAUUGUUCUUUGUUAAUACAAAAGUAGGAAUUACUUUUUUUUUCAUAUUGACCUGUACGUACAAAUAUUAGAGGAAGAAAAAAGGUAAUAUAAUUUUAGGUUUACAAAAUAUGGUAUGUAUUCAAGUAAUACUUGUCCAGCUUAUCUAAAUUGUACAUAUUUGAAAUAGUAUCUGAAUUUGAUUUUAUUAUUAUGGUCACAAAUCUGCAAUAAUUAGAUAUUUUUUUGCAUCUGUAACCCAUGCUCAUUUCUUGUAUAUGUAUAUUACUUGUUCUUAAUAGAGUUUACUUUUGGCAAUAUGGCUUUGUUGAAAUCAGUUUGGUUUUAUUGGUUAUUUACCUGUUUGACUUUGUAGUAUAUUUUAGUUUUUCAGAAGAACACUAUUAAUAGUGUAGCAGGGCUGGGGAUUUAGCUCAUUGGUGAUGCGCCUGCCUCGCAAGUGUAAGGUCCUGAGUUCAAUCCCUGUUACCGGGGUGGGGUGGUUGGGGGGAGACGGACAGUGUAGUAGGCUUUCAUAAAUCCUUUCACAGGCAAAGAACAAAAGUUGAUGAAUUUUUCCCUCAUAGGAAGAAGACAUCCUAGGAAGAGAUUGUUAGCAUAUUGGUACAGUGUCAUUAUUGUAAACAGUUUGACUUGAUUUUGAUUUGAAAUCUAUACUGACCAAGGAUUAAGCAUAAAAUUGUAUAAAUCAUUAAAGCUGUGGUCUUUUCAUAUGAAGAUUGGUAGAAAAUAUUUUUGUCCUGAGUCUCGUUGGCUUCUUCUGUUAUUUGAUAAGAUUGUGAACCAUCUGGAAAUGUGGGCUAUGUCAAGUAGUCUUAAGAGUACAGAUCUUACAAUUAAGUUUUACUUCUUGUUCAUAUACCAUUUGUUCUGUUAGGAAUAAGAAAAAAAUGGUUUCACACAGGUUCCUGGGUAUAGCUGGUGUAGCAUAUCCUAAAGGUCACUAGUACCCAGUCUACAAUUUAUAAUGCUGGACCUGUAGAAAAACCUCUGUACAUGCUUUGCACUCUCCUUUGUACCCCUUUUCCUGUUUCUUAACUGAAAAUCAUUUUGUUUUAAUACAGAAAGUAACAUUUAAAUGUCCAUAAUAAGGAUUGACCCAUGAUUACCAGUCCACUUCUCCUUUAUUAGUUUGUAGUUGAACCAUUUGCUUUAUCAUUUCAAAAAUAAAGUGGAUUUCUUGAGAGAAUGGGCUUAAGAAAAUAAAAUAGUC